AUGGAGAACGACAACGCUCAUUACCAAUUUGAGUAUGGAGUUCAUGAUCCUCAUACUCAUGAUCACAAAUCCCAACAUGAACAUCGACAUGGUCACGACGUUCAUGGAGGAUACACUCUUAAAGAAGCCGACGGUACCCAUAGAGUAGUCAAAUAUAAAUCUUCCCCUCACACAGGAUUCGAAGCUGUAGUCGAAAGAAGAGGUCAUGCUCAACACCCUGCUCAUUAUGGACAUGGACACGGUCAUGGACACGGUGGACAAGGAGGUACCAGCUAUGUUGGUGUUACUCAUUGGGCUAACCAAGGAAGUGAAGAAGGCCAUGGGCAUCAUUAG